AUGACGAGCACACAUGAUCCGGAUGCCACCAUCUAUGCGCCCUGGUUUGUGGAGGGGCGCUUUGAUGCGAAUCUUUACUAUCAUGACUGGCCGGAUCCUUAUGAGCCCACAUCGCCUACAGUGCUUGAUUCCGAUGGGCAGUCCAGUUCUUCUGCACAUACAGUGGAAUACAUUCGCGAUGACAGUGUGGAUGAUGGACCGCUCAUGCUGCGUUUGUCAUUCUAUGUAGGUACUCCCAGUCUGCCGCUGAUCGAGCCUGACCCUAGUCACACCGCGGAGUGCAUGGCCAGGCACUUUCUACGCGUUGGCAGCUUCUUUGAGGAUCAGCUAUCUUCGUUGUGGGACCUACUUCCACAUGACAGCCCACGUGGACAUCAAACACUUCUGGAUGGUGGAUUCUCAUUCACCACAGGUGCUUUUCAGGCUGGUGGCUUGGUCGGCGUACGUAGCAACGCGCUUCAGAUGCCAUGGGUCACUGCACUGCUUUGUCGUAUUGUGCACUCUGUUCUGCUUGGCGAGGGGGCUGAGGAUUACCACUUCACUUCGCUUACGCUUUUGCGGAAUGUGCAUUCUGGCAUACAUCGUGAUGGCAACAAUCAUCCUUCAUGCAACAACUUGCUUAUACCCUUGAGCCGCUUCUCUGGCGGUGAAUUAUGGUGCUACAAUGCUGCUUCAGGGGAUGUUUGCUAUCCGGGCACUGAUCUGCCAGGGCUGGCUCAUGCGGUGACUCCACCUUUUCUGGAGUUCGACUCACGUGAGCUGCAUGGCACUCUUCACUGGACUGGCGUUCGUGUGAUACUCGCGGUGUUUCAUAUGAAAACUCCGGAAGACUUGAGUGAUGGCGAGAUGCAAUUCCUACGGCAGGACGCUGAGUGUGAAAAAAAUGCCGUCAAUCAAGCUUGGACAGUGAUGGAAAGGAUAGGUUUGCGCGCGCUUGAUGAAAUCACUUGGGCCUGUAUGGCUUUGAUGAGGGCCAGCUUGGGCCGACGCGAAGUUUUCUUCCGGAAGUCCGACGGCUCUGUUUUGUCUGGUCCUUUGCAUUCGUAUUGGCAGCAAGACACCCGUCGUUGCUCGCCGGUCUUGAAGACUACGGAUCUGCGCUCAGCUUAUAAACAGUUCGCUAUCCGGCCAGAACACCACCGGAUGUGCGUGGUGACCUUGAAGGAUCCAGCGGACGGCUUAACAAAGGGAUUCGUCUGCCGCGUGUUGCCGUUCGGGGCUUUGGCUUCGGUCGGGCAGUUCAACAGGUUUUCGAGGCUGUGGCAAAGGAUUCUCUGGGAGCUGAAGCUCGCUGCGGCGAGCUAUUUCGACGAUUUUCCGUCGGUGGAGGUCAGGGCCCUUGCUGAGAACCAUGAUUCCUCCGUGAAGGCAGCGUUGCGACUUUUUGGAGUUGACUGGGCGAGCGACAAGGACCUUCCCUUCUCGCAGACGGCCGACGUCUUGGGCGUCCGACUGGACGCGACUGACACGGAGGGCGGAGUGCUGAGGGUCAGAAACAAGCCUGAGAGAUCCAAGGAAAUUGCCUCUUCGAUCGACAAGAUCCUUGCGGAUGGCUGUAUUGAUCCAAAGCAGAUCCCCUCUUUGUUUGGCCGGAUACAGUUUUCGGAGAGUCAGUUGAUGGGCCGACAGGGACGCUUGGCUUUGGCUCAGAUUCGCUGGCUUUCGAGUGCUCGUCACCGUCACGUUCUAUCUUCUUUGGACGCUACUGUCUUCAGAAGCUUGAGGGAGAGGAUGCUUGAGGGCCGGCCACGCGAGAUCCAGGUUCUUCCCGUUGGCGGCCAGACUCUCGUUUUCACUGAUGGUGCAUGCGACAAGCUGGGCGACAAGUUUAGCUGCUCAAUCGGAGGUGUCAUGUAUCGGGUGCUUCCAACUGGUUCCUAUGAGACGAGGGCGUUCGGGUGCUACCUGGACGAAUCAGUCGUCGAGCAAUGGGCGGGACUGGGGAAGAGACACUUGAUAGGUCCUACCGAGCUUUUCGCGGUGGUGGCGGCCCGACGGCCCGACAUGUCUGGAAAGAUUUUCUGA